AUGAGUUCUUCACAACCCACACCCAGUUUCAAAGUAGGUCUCACUCCUGAUGAAAAAGCUUUAUACACUCAAUUGUUUAAAUCUUUGGAUACUGAAAAUACUGGUAUAAUCACUGGAGAAAAAGCAAGAUCAACUUUUGAAAAAUCUGGUUUACCUCCGGCUAUAUUAGGAGAGAUAUGGCAAUUAGCUGAUCAAAGUAAUUUAGGAUUUUUAAAUCAAUAUAGUUUUUGCUAUGCUAUGAGAUUGAUUGGGUAUACUCAAUCAGGUCAACAUCCUGUUCAAGGAUUAGCUGAUACUCCUGGCCCAUUACCCAAAUUUGCAAAUAUACAACAACCUCAACGUUUACUGUCACAAUCUACUAAUUCUUCAUAUUUAUCAAGUCAACCAAAUAAUUCAAUUCCUCAACUGGCUACUCCACAAGUUUCUUUGAAAAAUAUUAGUCAAGCUGAUUAUCAAAAGUUUUCACAAUUGUUUGUUAAAACUGUUGGAUCAUAUCAAGGUGAAUUGGGCGGUGCACAAGCUAGAGAUAUAUUUAUGAAAGCUAGAUUACCAACUUCAGUGUUGGGACAAAUUUGGAGUUUGGUUGAUAGAAAUAAUACAGGUAAUUUGAAUGUCGGUGCAUUUGUCAUUGCAAUGCACUUAAUUCAAGGCUUAUUGAGUGGUCAAAUUAAGCAAUUACCUCCAUUUUUACCAGAAUCAAUUUGGCAAUCUGUAGAAAGUCAGUCACAAUCACAACCACAACCACAAUCUCGUUCAUCACACCCAUCACAAACUUAUCAGCAACCUUCAUCUCGUCAAAGCUCAGUAAGCUCACAACAAACAGCUAUAAGACAUCCAACAAGGGACGUAUCAAAUAAUGAAGUAUCCUCAAAUGAAUGGAUUGCCACUCCUACAAUGAAAGCUCAAUACGAUUCCAUAUUCGAUAGUCUUGAUAAAGAACAUAAAGGACAAUUAAAUCCAGAUCAAGUGGCUUCAUUUUUAAUGACUUCUAAAUUAGACCAACAAGAUUUGGCAUCUAUUUGGGACUUGGCGGAUAUUCAAAAUACUGGUCUUUUUACUAAGUUAGAAUUUGGAAUUGCUUUGUUUUUGGUCAAUAGAAAAGUCUCUGGACAGAGUUUACCUAAUGUGAUUCCUGACAGUUUGAUCAAUUCUUUGAAAACGUUCAACCAACCUUCACCACAACAGCAACAACAACAACAACAACAACAACAGCAACAAGCUAAACCCAGUGAGACAAAAUCAGCUCCUCCAUACAAAUCAAAAUCUUCGAUUGAUGACUUAGCUGAUAUAUUUGGAAGUACAUCUCCACAACCACCUGUUCCUUCGAAACAACAUCAAUUACAACAAAGAUCAUCCAGCAGCGACUUGACUCAUGGGGAUUUACCAAAAGUUCGUUCAACUUUAACUGGAUCUUUUAAACCUACAUCUACAUUUGGUCAAUCAUUAAUGCAACAACAAUCUCCAUUACCAUCUUCAUCACCAGCUAUACCUGAAAGUAAAGAAGAAAGUUUAUUAGGUGAGGAUGUUCACGGACGAAAAGAUUCUCAGACAACAGGUAAUGAAUCAGCCCCUGUGCCCAACAUUCCUUCAGAUUCUACUGGACAAAAGCAAAUCAACUAUGAUGCGUUAAGAUCAGUUCCACCACCACCAGCUAAAAAACAAACUGCCAGUCAAGAACCAAGAGCACCUGAGACUCAUCAACAACCUCAGAAUAAUAAUGAUUUAUUAGCUGAUCCUAAACAUUCCGCUCAAUUAUCUCAAGCUACAUUGGAUUUAGCAAAUGUAUCAAACCAAAUAAAUUCACUUAGAACGCAAACAACAAAUCUUGAUGAAAAGAAAACUAAAGUUGAAGAAGAACUUAAGAAAAUACUCAACGCAAAAGCAGAUUUUGAGAAUAAAUUAAAAUUUUUAAGAACUUCAUAUGAAAAUGAAGUCAAACAAGUAAAACAGGUUGAAGAAAGCUUAUCUGUAGCUAAAGAAGAAACUGAGGCACUUAGGUCUGAAGCUUCAAUUUCUGAAGCCAAACUUAAUUCAUUAUCAUCCCAAUUACACAAUAAACAAGUUGCUGUUGAAGAGUUACAAAAAGAAAACAAUACUUUAAAGGAGAAAUUAGGUGCUUUGAAUGCUGAGACAGUUGAACUUGAAAAACAAUUGGAAAAUAAAAAUUCUGACACUCAGGAACUUCAAAAUAAACUUUCAGUGAAAAAAUCUCAAGCUCAAGUUGUAAUUGUUAAGAAUGAAGAUUUAAAAUCCAAGAUAGCUGAAAUUGAGGCAUUACAUAAGCAAUUGCAACAAGAAAUUGAUAGAGCUGAAAAGGAAAGAUUGGAACAAGAAAAUCAUCAAAAAGAAUUACAAAAUAAACAAGUUGAAUUAGAGAACAAUAAACCUUCAAAAGCAAGUUCUAAUUUUUCUGCAUCUGGUAUAGCCCUUGGUGCUGGAGCUGCUGUUGGUGCGGCAAUUGGUGGUGUUGCUAAUGCUGUUUCACAUACAUUAGGCGGAUCAGAAGAACAUGAGCAUGAAACGCAAUCAAUAUCCACCCUCGAACAACAAAACACAAAUAAUAAAAAAGAUGUUGAUGAAUUGACUGAAGGAGUUAAAAACGUAUCUACUAGUAACGAACCAAUUGAUAAUGCUACAAAUGCAACUGCUUCCUCCACUACCACCGAUCAUCCCAGUGAAACUGAUACACCAAUCACGUCACCAAGUAAUUCAGAAUUUCAAUUUCCACAAGGUAAUAAUGCUGGUAUAGCUGGUGGUAUGGUUGGAAUGCCAGGUGUUUUAGUUGGAGUUCAAAGAACUGAGUCAUUAACUUCUAGUGUUCAAAAUAAUGCUGCAUUAUCUGUUAGAGAUGAUAAUAUUGAUGUUUCAGAUAGAGAUACUAUAGAUCAAGCUCCAGAAGAAAGUCGUGAAAGUGAUAAAGGAUCAUCAUCUUUUGAAAUGGUUAAUUCAGAGGAAGCAAGAUCUCCAGACAAUGUUGAAUUUCCACCCAUAAGAGAACUUGAAUAUCAAGAAAGUGAUUCCGAGGAUGAGGAUUCACAAAGAUUUGAUGAUGCCAAAGAUAAUUUUAAAUCACCUCAACAAGAUACAACCGGUACAACUAUAAAAGUUUCGGAUGAUGCUUUCAAUGACCUUGUGCCAGCCACAGCUGAGACAAAUGAUAAAGAUGACUUUUUCGAUGAAAAUUUCAAUGAUUUAGAGGUUGCUGCUCAAGAUAAUAAUAUAGAGGAUGAAUUUGAUGAUAAAAAUUAUGAAUUGGGAGAAGAAUUUACGAAUUCUAAUGCACCAAACUUUGAAGAAAAAUCGAGAACUUUUGAAGGAGAUUCUGGUGAGAAUGAUGAAUGGGAGCAAUUGUUUAGUGGAUUUGGUAAUGCUCAACCAAUAGAACCAGAAAUCUCACAUGAAAAAUUGACAGAAAAUAAAAAUUCUAAUUCUGAUCAAAAAUUAGACAAUUAUGCAAUUCAGGAAUUAAUUGGGAUGGGAUUUGAUGAAAAAACUGCUAUUGAAGCAUUAAACAAUCAAAAUGGUGAUUUAGAAGCUGCUACAAAUUACUUAUUGGACAAUGCUUAG